AAAAGACUACAGCAGUAUCACACCAGACGACCAGUCCGAUGGUGGCGGGUCAAAUGCAAGCAGUGUCGCCCAUUGCCACGACUUACAACGACUGUCUCCGGCAGUUGACAAAAGCACAAGGAAUCGCUUAAUUCUCGCUAGUAUACUGUGCCUUAUUUUCACCGUCGCCGAAAUCAUUGGUGGCGCUGUGGCCGGAAGUCUCGCUAUCAUGACAGACGCCUCCCACAUGUUAACAGACUUUGCCAGCUUCAUGAUUAGCUUGUUCUCUCUCUAUAUGGCUUCCAAGCCGGCCACAAAAAAGAUGAGCUUCGGAUGGCACAGAGCAGAGGUGAUGGGGGCCAUGGUGUCUGUGUUGUUAAUAUGGAUCCUGACUGGAGUGUUGGUGUACAUGGCAAUCCUCAGGGUCAUCCACAUGGACUACGAAAUAGACGCCAAGAUUAUGUUAAUCACCGCCGGGAUAGGCGUAGGCAUCAAUAUACUGCUGGGAAUGACCCUUCACCCCCACUCUCACUCCCACGGAGGAGGGAGCCACGGCCACUCCCACGGGCCGCUAGCGCCACCACCGGAUGUAGAGUCGCCCCUCUCAGACGGAUAUGACGCAAAAUCCACUUCCGAGUUAGUCCCGCACUCAAAGGAAAAUGGCCACGGACACGGUCAUAGCCAUAGCAACGGUGGUCACGGUCAUAGUCAUGGCGACGGUGAUCACGAGAGUGACAGUGGUCAUAGUCAUGACAACCACUCGUCGGAGAGUGACCACGGACACGGGCACGGGCACGGAGGAAAGCAAGAAAAUUUAAAUAUACGUGCAGCGUUCGUGCACGUAUUAGGGGACUUAUUUCAAAGCGUUGGAGUAUUAAUAGCAGCCUAUAUUAUUUAUUAUAAGCCUGAGUGGAAAAUAGUGGAUCCUAUAUGCACGUUCGUGUUCUCCAUAUUGGUUCUUAUCACCACGGUAACCGUGUUGAGGGACGCGCUGAAUGUGCUCAUGGAAGCCACGCCGCGGCAUAUGAAUUUCAAUCAAAUAAAGCACAAAUUCUUAGAAAUCCCCGGAGUGAAGAAGGUGCAUAAUCUCAGGCUUUGGUCGCUAACGACACACAAGUUAGCUUUAUCGGUGCACUUAGCAAUAGAUUUAGAUCUCACGGAUUACGAGAUCGUUUUAAGAGAUGCAACCGAAAUCGUCAAUGACCUUGGAAUUCACGAACCAACGAUUCAAAUAGAGGCUCUUCACGUUGAUAUGUCAGACUGCGAACGCUGCAUGGACCCCGUGUCAGACUAAGGUGCAACCUGCAUUAAGAAAUAAGAGCCCCGUGUUUUUCUCAGUGUGACCCCCAUGUGAACAAAUUGGCCCCGUCUUUGGAGAAAGUGGGGUCGGGUUACAAUCACUAAAAACAUGGGUUUUGCUAUGGGAGGUUUUUAAGUGAAUCAACAUAAACCUGGAUUCAGGAAGCAAAAGAGCUCUGUGUAGACAGAGGGAAGGAUUUUCAUUUGAAAAUUUGGAUUUUGUUUUAAAGUGUUGAACCUAUUUGUGAUGACGCACAAGCUGUGUAUCAUGUUGAUUGAUCUUGUAUCAAUGAGGAUAACGUUACAGGGCGAUUGAAGAUAUUCUUUUGUUGAAAAUAACGUGGAAUUUCCAAACAGGUGUUUCCUGGUGUUUUUCAUCGCUGUUAAUUUGAACAGUUUAUUGUUCAUUGCUACUUAUUCAAAAACAAUGGCUGGCACGUAUACCAAACACACUGCUGGCUUCAUACGUGAUAGAUGGCCGGAUGAAAUCGGAUGAUUCGUAGCUAUCUGACCACAUUUAAUACAAAUAUCAAGUGAACAUCGCAUCGACAAUUGUCACCAAAAUGGGGUUAGAAAGUCGGGUCACUUAAAGGAUAAAAAUCUGGUGGACAGAACAUGCGCAUUGCGGAACUUUUUUCCUGGAAUGUGUUUCAGGGCAAUAUUCAGAAAUGAAAAAAAAAAUCUGAAACACAGGUUUUGCUUAAAAGGCAUGGAGGCCAGUUACAAGGAAUAUCCCUGUAUGACAAGGUGUGCAAGAAGCACCAGGCAGUAUUUUUAUUUUUAUUUUAUUUUAUUUAUUAUUAUUAUUUUUUGUGACAUUUGACAAAAUAUGGGUAAGGUUAUGAUCUCCAAGGCAAAUAUGUUAAGAAACAACGUAAAGGCCAUUUUGAGCUCAAGGUUUGUUUGAUCAAAACAAAGUGAUGACUGAAUGAAACAAGUGAUAUAUGUGAUAUGAUCUACCUGGAUGUCAUCGUGCACUGAAAUUGGCGGUUUCAUUUGAUAUCAUAUUAACUGUAUGUAGAGACCCCCAUUUUAAGGGAAAUAUUAUGAUAAAACGGGGUUUUAUUAAUUUAUUUCUUUUUUAAAUAUCAAAUACAGACACAAAAUGUUCAGUGUCUCUCACAAGUUUACAGCUUUAGAAUCUGAAUACAAACUCUAUGGUGUUUUUUUAGAUCAUAUUUUAACAGGCUCCAAGAUCUUAAAUAAUGUCUUCCAAUCUAAGGCGCUAGAUCUGUCUUACAGGUAUACUGUAUAUCAGGAUGCAAAUAGACUACGUUUAACCAAUAAUAGUAUUACCUUUUGUUUUGUUUGAAGUAGUAUGUUUUUGGUACUCGUGUAUUUAGAAGUAAACGCGAUCAAUUCACUGAAUCGUGGUUAGUCGCAAAUUAUACGUUUGAGUUUUGUCUCAGUUAAAACUGUGAAUAAAUAUUGUGAAUAGUUGUUUUCA